UAGAAUCAAAAACCCAAGAUUCAAGCAACUGAUUUUCUGUGUUUCUCUUCAACUUUUAGCAACUGGGUUGAAGCUGACUCGGUGAUUUUUCAAGAAUUACAGUGCAGUAGUACGACUGCUGAGGUUGUAAAUUGAAGAACAUAAAAUGGAGAAGAACCCACCUCGUAAAGAAGCAAAAAAGAGCAGCAGAUACACCAUUGAUGAAAGUGGAGGAGAUUUGAUCGAGUGUUCAGGCAAGUAUUGUAGAUCAUGCACAGCAGGAUUGAUAGCAGACUGUGUAGCCUUAAGUUGCUGCCCUUGUGCUCUAUUGAAUCUCUUAACAUUUGCUUUUGUUAAAGUUCCAUGGAUGGUGGGAAGGAAGUGUUUGGGAAGACUGAAAAAGAAGAGAAAAAAGAAGACAAUUAAAAGAAAAUCCAAGAAAAGAAGCAAAAAAUCUGAAGCAGAAGGUGAAGGUGAGGCCAUAAUUGAAUUAGAGGAGAGAGAUGGGGAUUUGAAAAAGGGAAGGAGAGAAGAUGGAAUUUGGGAAAUUGUAAAGGGGUUUAGUAAAGAAGAGGAAAUUAUGAAUAGUGUUAGUGCAAGGUUUGAGGCUGAUAAGGUUUGGUUAGAGUUGUAUGAAGAUGGGCAUUUGGGUUUUGGUAGGGUUUCUUUUACUGGUAUUAAAUAAAUAUAUUGUUGUAUUAAAUUGUAUAUCUUAAUUAUUUUUAUUAUUUUAAUUA